AUGGAUACGAAGCUGAACAGGAAGAGUAGGGCUCCAUGGCAAUCAGGAGCGCCUGCUAAGGCAACAAAAUCAGCCAAUCCGUAUGCCAAUGCCAAUUUGAAACAAGGGAAAGUCGAGUCUGAGCCGUAUGCUAACACGCUACAGGUGCCGAAGACAGCUGCCUCAAGCAGAAGACACAACCGGAGAAUGUCGAUUCAGCAGUCGGCAGCGGUGCCAUUCGAUCCAUCGAUGCCACCAACUCUGGGACAGUCAAUGUAUAGAACUGCGACAAACAAUUCAGAAACUACCCUGAUACGAAGCUUUGCGACGAACCGAAGGAGAUCCAAUGAGGAUGACAUUGUCCAAGUCAUCAAGACGGAAUUGCGUGACAAGGACGUCACCGUGAUCGACGAUUUUUACAAGUCCUUAUUGACACAGAAGGCCUCGUUGGACGAAGACAUCAAGAGCAGAAUUAACACCAACCAGAAGAACAUAUUGCAAUUGACUGACGAUUUGCGUCUCACCCAGGAGGAGUUGUUUUCACUACGCGUUCUGACAAAAGAACUCUAUCAAAUAUUGGCUGACUUUGCCGAGGCAGCAGAAAGGAGAAUUGCUUUGGAGAAAGAGGGCCCCCGAAUGAGCGAUUCCCAUGUCUUCAAUGGCCACUCCCAUCCAAACGGGCAGCAGGCGCCCAAUAAGAGAAAGGAUAGGCUGUCAGUGUUGCUUUUGCAAAAAAUGUGGGCCACAGAGUUACAGUCUCUAUUCAAGCAUGUAGACGGAGCUCAAAAGUUUGUCCAAGCGAUUCCAGGUAGACACGUGUUGGCAGAAAGUGGUAGAUGGCAUGAAAUUAAUGUGGGUACUUGGAAGGCAAGCAGACUGAUUCACUUGUUCUUGCUUAAUGAUUUGGUUAUGAUAGCUACCCGGAAGCUGUCUCAAGAAGGAAGUUCAAAGCGCCUUCAGGCCAUUUAUUGUUGGCCAUUACAAAAUGUUGAGAUAGCUGAAAUCAAGGCACCAAGUCAAGUGUCUAGUAAGGAGGGCUCCAGAGUACAUGUAAUCAAUCUUCGAGCACCUUCAUUCAGUUACGUCUAUCAAACUGAUAGAUAUGAUCACUUCUCACGGGUCAUGAAUGCUUACCAAAAGGGCAAGGCAGAGCUCGCUCAGAAAAAUCGCAUCAUAGAAGAGGAACAACGAACUCCAAGAGCCAGCGGAGAGUUUGCCUUAAACAGCAGCACUACAAGCCUUCACGAAGAGAACGCAGAGCUGCGACAUUUACGUGAAUCUCUACGCUCGUCUGGUAUCCAUGGACACUCGCGCAGUGGGUCAACUGAGGAUGUUGGAUUCAAUCGUCGGUCGAGCGGCCAAAGACAAAGCAAUGACGUGAUAUUGCAAGAUAUUUCAGCUAGAGUACAUUCCAGGAACAGGUCUCAUGAUUACAACAAAGAAGGCGGAAUCAAAAAGCCGGGCUCCGAUAGGCUGCCGCAUAGGCUAUUCAUAGAGCUAAAGAAUGCAGAGGAUAAGCUUGAUGAAGUUGAUGUUGACUUGGCUCACAACAAUUACGCUCAGGCAACUCAGCUUAUGAUGGUGAUUGAUCAGAAGGUAGCCAAUAUUGUGAUGAGGAUAGCGGGAAUUCAGGCAAAAGAACAGGAUGGCUCCUUAGAGGAAUUAAGAAUACUUGUUGAUGUUGUAAAAUUGAAGCUAAGCAACAGACGCUAUCAGGUUCAACAGAAUCUUCAAUUUGAUUUGCAACACAACAUUCUGACUUACGAUACUGAUACGAUUUCUGAAAUUCUUAGCUACUACCACCAGUUUGGUAUGCAAGGGGAAGGUAUUAAUGCUAUCCUUGAAGCUCUUUCCUCACAUUUGUCCAAGACGGUAGGCAAGCUUGUAUCUAGCGCCCAUGGGUCGACAAAGGUUGACAUUAUAAAUUACAUUGCCAACUUGACAAUAGUUUAUACCCUGAUCAUUCGCCGGGCUUUGCAGAUUUACAGCGAUUGUAUUGAAGGGUUACUUCACAACUCUAAACUGGGAAGCAUAGACUCCAGUGGGUUUAUUACAUGGUGCGUAUCCGAAAUGACACAAUUAGUGGACAUCAUCAAGAAGCACGCGGAAGAGACACUUCUAAUUAAAGAAGAUAAAGUGUGGUACGUCAAGGACGAAAAGCACUACAAAGAGCUUGUUGCAAUCAUACGACCACAGCUUAACUCUUUGAAACGUGAGGGACUCAAUGUUGACUAUCUCUUUGACAACAUCAUAAAUUGUCGGCCAAAAUUCUAG